UUUAACUUUGCGACGGUUUGCUGAAAAUCAAGCUAGCGAUCGCGGCGGAAAAAAUCGCUCCGAGCAAAAUAUUUUUCAAAAAUAUAUGCUUAAUUGGGAAUUGCAGUUUUCGUAGAAUAUAAACCAGUUUCCAGUGCUUUUUCAAGUGCGAGUAAAGUGCUAAAAUCAGGCAAAUCUAAAAUAUCGAGCAAUUUGCUGCCGAAUUUACAUAACCAAACGUGCGGAUUUGGUAAAGUGCGAAGUCGAUCGAAAUGGGCAUUCCGGAUAUCCGACUGCUGGUGACGCUGGACUUUGAGGUCUAUGGACAUGUACAAGGCCUGAAUCUCACGAAAGACACCCGCGAUCGCUGCACCAAGGCGGGAAUUACUGGCUGGGUGAAGAACAGCAAACAAGGCACCAUUGUGGGCAAGAUGCAGGGACCCAAGGAGGAGGUGGACAAGAUGAUCACCUGGCUCUCCACUGAGGGCUCUCCCGGCUGCCAAAUCGAUCGCUGUGAGGUCCGGAACCAGGGCAACCUUAGCCGACUGGACUACAAGGACUUUGCCAUUAGGUUUUAGAUGUGUUCCGUGACCGCAGUCGGUGUGCGGCCUUAUAGUUUUGUGUGUUUGUUUUGUGCAUUACUGGGCUAAGUUUGUAAAUACGAGUAAAUAAUAAAGAAUUUUAAUCAUAA